GCUUAAGAAUUUGUUCAUCUGUGAUACGUAACAAGUAUGGACGUUUCGUUCGUGACGUCAUUCUUGCAGUUUUAGUCUGUAAUAAUGUCGAAGGCCCCUAUUGCAUAUUUGACUCGCAAAGAAAUUUUUAGUGCUUGCCAUCGAUUACAUAGUCCACGAUUAAGCAAAGAAGAGAAUGCACAAGUUUAUGGAAAAUGCAAUAAUGUUAAUGGGCAUGGACAUAAUUAUGUUGUUGAAGUAACACUAUGUGGACCAGUAGAUGGAGACACAGGAAUGGUAAUGAAUAUUAAUGAUCUAAAGAAGUACAUGGACAAUGCGAUCAUGGAGCCACUGGAUCACAAGAACCUAGAUAAGGAUGUUCCUCACUUCAGUAAUUUAGUUAGCACCACAGAGAAUGUGGCUGUAUUCAUUUGGAAUAACCUGAAGGCACAGUUACCCAGGCCAACAAUGUUGCAUGAGGUAAAAAUAUAUGAAACAGAAAAGAAUAUAGUUAUAUUUAGGGGAGAAUUUGAUUAAUUGGAAGUAUUUAAGAUUCAUGAUGAUUCCAUAAUCUUGAAAAGCAUUAAAUGUGUUUUAAAAAGAAUAUAAAAUUGAAUGUUUAUUUUGAAAGUGACUAAUUUUUGUACUUGCCCAAAGUGGUACAUUUAAGUAAACUUUAAUAAACCAAUUAACCAACUGAUUCA